ACCCGCCAACAGCUCUCAGAACCGCUAAAACUAAUCUCUGAGGACCGUGUGGGCCACUUGAGACUGCACUUCGCGUUCAAUUCCAAUCAGUCUGAAUCAUGAGGGAGAUAGUUCAUCUUCAGGCCGGCCAGUGCGGCAAUCAAAUCGGAGCCAAGUUCUGGGAGGUAAUUUCCGAGGAGCACGGCAUCGACCAGACCGGUAUUUAUCACGGUGACAGUGAUCUUCAGUUGGAAAGAAUUUCUGUCUACUACAAUGAGGCAUCCGUCGCAACAGCCACAAAUGGUGGUAAAUACGUGCCCCGCGCGAUUCUCCUGGACCUCGAGCCGGGAACAAUGGACGCAGUGCGUUCGGGGGCGUACGGCAAGCUGUUCCGCCCCGACAACUUCGUAUUCGGUCAGUCGGGCGCGGGCAACAACUGGGCCAAGGGCCACUACACCGAGGGAGCGGAGCUAGUGGACUCAGUGCUCGACGUAGUCCGCAAGGAGUGCGAGAACUGCGACUGCCUGCAGGGCUUCCAGCUGACGCACUCCCUGGGCGGCGGCACUGGCUCAGGAAUGGGCACCCUCCUCAUCUCCAAGAUCCGCGAGGAGUACCCAGACAGAAUAAUGAACACCUACUCAGUGAUGCCAUCGCCGAAGGUGUCCGACACUGUUGUCGAGCCGUACAACGCGACCCUCUCGGUGCACCAACUGGUGGAGAACACCGACGAGACCUACUGCAUCGACAACGAGGCCCUCUACGACAUCUGCUUCCGCACCCUGAAGGUGGCGAACCCCUCCUACGGGGACUUGAAUCACCUCGUGUCCCUCACCAUGUCCGGCGUCACCACGUGCCUGAGAUUUCCCGGACAGCUCAAUGCGGACCUGAGGAAAUUGGCAGUGAACAUGGUGCCCUUCCCCCGCCUCCACUUCUUCAUGCCAGGCUUCGCGCCCCUGACGUCGCGCUCAAUGCAGCAGUACUCGGCGCUAUCAGUCCCCGAACUCACUCAGCAGAUGUUCGACGCCAAGAACAUGAUGGCAGCCUGCGACCCACGUCACGGCAGAUACCUGACUGUUGCCGCUGUCUUCCGGGGGAGAAUGUCGAUGAAGGAAGUCGACGAGCAGAUGCUCAGCGUCCAGAACAAGAACAGCUCGUACUUCGUCGAGUGGAUUCCAAACAACGUGAAGACCGCGUGCUGCGAUAUUCCGCCGAAGGGACUCAAGAUGUCAUCCACUUUCAUCGGCAAUACCACGGCCAUUCAGGAGCUGUUCAAGCGCAUUUCGGAACAGUUCACUGCCAUGUUCAGGAGAAAGGCCUUUCUGCACUGGUACACCGGGGAGGGAAUGGACGAGAUGGAGUUCACUGAGGCCGAGUCCAAUAUGAAUGAUCUGGUGUCUGAGUACCAGCAGUACCAGGAGGCCACUGCUGAGGAGGACUUCGAGGCUGAGGAGGGCGCUGAUGACUUUGAGACUUGCGAACAGGAGUGAAGAGAGACUGAUUUCUAUUUUAUUUAAUGGUAUUCUAGGUCACCUGGUCAAUUUUGAAUUGAUCAUUUUUGUCAUUUUUUUAGAUGUUCUAUCGUUUCGCUGCGCAAUUAGACUUCUGAGUGGAGUUUUCGUACUUUUUAUAAGAAUGUCAAUGUUUUUUGUUCGUUAGAAAUGGAGCUUUGGGGGGAAUGUGUGUGAUACAGCUGAUUACCAAGGAGACAGUUAUGAUAUUCCUUAUGAUUACAAUAUUUCGAGUUAUGUGGAGCAUUAUGUUUUGGUUGUACUCUGCACCAAAGUCUUUGAUGAAUAAAAUUGCACAUUGAAUUGUA